GGGGGGGUCACAUAUAAUAUACCCUGGAUGCCCCCGUUGUCCAACAUCAAGCAUCCCUUUUCUUGCCCUGCACAGCUCCAGCAUCAGCCAUGGCACCCAAAAAGGCAAAGAAGAGAGCGGAGGGAGCCAACUCCAAUGUUUUCUCCAUGUUUGAGCAAGCCCAGAUCCAGGAGUUCAAAGAGGCUUUCACGAUCAUGGACCAAAACAGAGACGGCUUCAUCGACAAGAACGACCUGAGAGACACCUUCGCAGCCCUCGGUCGUGUGAACGUGAAGCAGGAGGAGAUCGACGAGAUGCUGAAGGAGGCCCCUGGACCAAUCAACUUCACAGUCUUUUUGACCAUGUUUGGUGAAAAGCUAAAAGGUGCCGACCCUGAGGAGACCAUCCUCAAUGCCUUCAAAGUCUUUGACCCUGAGGGCAAAGGGAUCCUGAAGAAAGACUUUGUCACUGAGAUGCUGACGACCCAAGCGGACAGGUUCACCCCAGAAGAGAUGGAACAGAUGUUUACAGCGUUCCCUCCAGAUGUGGCUGGUAACCUCGACUACAAGAACCUGGUCUACAUCAUUACACACGGGGAGGAGAAGGACCAGGAGUAAUGUUUUGGUUCCCCCUUUGUACCAGUGCUGUGCCCCUCGUGUCUCAGCCCUCCCCUGGUGACAGAAGAGAGUAAUUGUGAAGCCCAAUAUGGGCGGAGCAAACAUGCACUGUCAAUCAUUGACUAACAUGGACUAAUCACAGAAAACUGUGAUUGGUUCACCUCAUUGAGUCAUUGAUAGCACAUUGCAUGACCUCUCCUCAAACAAGCAUUUCUUAUUUGUACAGACUUCAGCCCAACUUCAAGCCCUCCAAGCCUGGUCUCUUCAAAAGAGAUUUUGUAUUUCAAAACAAUCUGUUGCUUAAUUUAUGAAGAGUGUUUCAUUUUGUGUUUGUUAUGGAACAUCAAUGCUUUAUUCACAUCUGGGAAUUAAAGACAUAGGAAUAUACCAUAACAAUAAAUCAAUAAAUCUUCAAAUCUCAGAGAAUAAA